AAAAUUGAGAACUAAGUUCACUCUGUAUUUCAUGUUUCAGGAAGAAGGUGUUAAAAACUUUAAGCAACCAUCACAGUAAUGGAUCUUUGUCAGAAAAAUGAGACUGAGUUAGAAAAUAGUGAAAAUAAUGAAAUCCAAAGUACAGAAGAAACAGAAUUAACCUAUACUUGUCCAGAUGAAAGAAGUGAAAAGAAUCAUGUUUGUUGUCUUCUCAAUAUCAGUGACAUUACACGUGAACAAGAUGAAGAAGCCCAUGAGUCUGCCGUCGGAACCGGGUGGGAUGAAGCGGUCCGAGGCUGGGGACGGACUUCCCCCACUGCCUGCAUCUGGCCUACGAAGAAGUUUAGAAAAACGUGGGUGGGAGAAAGUGCCAGCCGCUGCUUACUCUGCUUCAGUCUCUCCCAAAGGAGCCCCCAGGCCAGGCCUCAGUUGGAGGCAGGGAAGUUGGAAUUGGGGGCUCCAGCUGAGGUGGGCCCAGAGAAGGAGCAAGAUAGCCCCUCCCAGGCUCAGGCCGUCCACCAAGGCCCUCUCACCGCCUCCAGGGAGAUUAGCAAGAUCUGCUUUCCCACCUCCAGUCAGGUAGAGAAAAAAAGUCUGCAAAUAAAGGAGUUUAUUUGGUGCAUGGAAGACUGGGCCACUCCUGAGACUGACAGGGGCAAGGACCCCAGCACAGGAGCUGACAGAGGUCCCUCCAUUUCGGACUCCUGGAUUUCAAAGGCCCUUUUAAAUCUACCUCCCCUGAAGCCUUCACCCCAAAAUACCUUGGAUAUUCUGGGUAAGAAGAGUAAGAACAUUUUCUUGCAGCCAGAAGAGAAGGUGCUGAGUAUGGAAAAGGGUGGGAGUGUGGCUUGUGCCAAUGGGUCGAAAACAGUUGACAGGAAAGGUGAAAAGAGACCAGUUGGGCUGGCCAAGCCCCUGAAGGUCCACACCGUGCCGCCUUUCCCCCCGAAGACACUGGCGGCUGAUCCACAGUUGUGCUGCUCGCUCUGGUCGCUCCUGCCAAGGAGAAACCUGGGGGGCCGUCCCAGCCACAGCAACGUUCGCUACCUUGCCACCCUGCAGCUUUUGCAGAAACGGGAAGUGCAAAGCUACAGAGCCAAAUUCAAAGAUAGGCUGCCAAGACCUCCCAUGAACAUCCAAAAGCGUGUUCUCACGGAGGCCAAGCAGGAAAACGGGCCCCACACAUUGGAUACCAAAGUGUUCCCAAAGCCUCUCCUGCCGCCCCUCACAGUGAGCAGAGUUAUCCCUGGCGCCAGGCACAGGCUCCGCUGAGUUGCUGCAGUGUGAUUCCCUGGGAAUAAGCACUGUUUGAAAUUCAUUCAUCCUCUCCCCUCUCUCUCUUGCUCCCACUGCAUCCUGUGCCCUCCCCUCCCCUCUCCUCUCCUCUCCUCUCUCCUCCCCUCCCUCCCGUCCCCUCUUCCUUCCCUCCCUCUCUCUGUCCCUUUUUGGUACUACAAAGACAGGAAAUCAAAUCACUGUAUGGGCUUUGAUUUAUUCUCAAAACCCCCAUAGUACCUGGUUCUGUUACUUAGCCAUUUACAAAAUACAGACUGGUAGUGCCAGUCUCAGCGUGGCACUCUCCACUCCCACUAAGCCAACUAAUGGUGGGGAAUCUGAAGGGCCCCCCUGGGUGAGCUCCCCUGGCCCCAUAUCCCCUGUCCCACGUCAGCUUUGAGCCUAAGUGCGUGGGCUCUUUCUGCCCCACUCUAGUGCCUUAAGCUAAGUGAACUGGGCUUAUUUAGACCACAUUAUUUCCUUUUAAACCAGGCAGAUACCUAUCUGUUGUCUCAUUUCUCUUGUAACAAAGAUCUGAUUGCAACAGAGAUUGCUUUAAUAGAAAACUCAUUGUGUCCAAAUGAGUAUCCUUAUGUCCAAGGUGACCUAUACUUAUACCCCUGGAUGUACCAUACCCAUUGUAUCCUGUGUCCAAGGAGACAUAUCCUUAUAUCCACAGAUAGGCCAUACCCAUUGUAUCUUAUGUGUUCAGGAUUUCAUAUACUUACAUUGUAGCUUCAUGCUAGUUUCUGUGUUGGGGAAGUUCAGCCACAGCUCUACAAAAUCCAUCCUGGGAAGCAGGUUAGGAAUAAUUAUUUGAAAAAAAACCCCACUGAUUAUUGUCACCACACAUGCUUCCUCCAGCCUUACCUUGCAUCUAAUAUUUGGAAAUUCUGCACUCCAGACAGACACAUAUGGGAUGGGGCUGUUCUUUCUCUCUUUUCCUAUUCCCCUUCCCCCUCAAUUUUCUCCCAUGCAUAUUUCCUUAAGUUGUAUAUAAAUUAAACAUUUGUAAAUGAGUUACAUCUUAAUGCCAAGUGACAAUGCUUAAUGCCAAGAGAAAUGCUCCAAAAAAUUUUGUAGUAUGAGCAGCCAGUUAGCUCCUCUGUAAUUGUACAGUUUGCAUUUGUUUAAGAUAGGUGGGCUGCACUUGAACUCUGGAUUUUCCAUUCCCUAAAUGAUGGGCAGAUGGAAUAUAUGACUGCAUGUGUAAACAUCUGCUUUCCACAAUUGGUCUUUGUAAUGCCUGUUAAUUUCGGUUUUUUGUUUUGUAGGUUUCUUUUUAUGAAACACCAAAAACACAGGAAUGAUUAUAGUACAGCUGUCAUUAAAAGGUAUAUUUCACCUAC